UGGCAGCAGUGGAAAAGCCGGUGAAGGACACCUCCUGUUGGAAGAUGAGGAAUGAUGGUCGUGACAGGGAGGCAGUCCCAAGCAUGAAACCGCAGAGGCAUCUACCUGUCUAGACACAGAACAGCUGUCUUCAGCAGGAGCUGACAUGCUGCAAAAAAAGAAACAUUCACAAGACAGACUGGACGUCACAGUGACGAGAUGGGCCAACUGGGCUGGAGCUACCUGGUUAGCAUGCUAACUUCAGAGGAAAAGAAGUGAUAGAAACAGAGGAAAAAUAAAAGGGCUGCUUUCCACAACUGGAGACAAGUAAGAAAAGUGAGCACCGGAUCACCUCACUGAUCUGCAACACAACCAAACACAAGGCUUUGUUUAUUUAACAAUAGGACCCAGUCAAGUGUGAACAGCUACAGAAGGGCUGCCUUGACAAAACAUGACAGUGACAGACGCACUGACUUAACCGACAUUCUCACAGCACCGCAGCAACUCCCCAUUUACAAAUCCCCAUCCCUUAAAACUCCUAUCAUGUCACUCAUAGCUUCAGGUGAGACAGUCUUGGAUAUGCAUAGUGAGCAGCUUAUAAAAGAAAAUGAACCAAAUGGGUAAUUUGAUGUGAACUUCUUACAUACUUUCUCAUGAGUCCAUUUAGUGUGCAGUGCAUGCCGGUGCUUGUACAUGUCCUUGUUUGUGUGUCAGAACAAAUAGUGGAGUGUGUGAAUUGAGUUGUAUUGUAUGUGUGUGUGCAUGCUGUGUGUAUAUUUACGUGUGAGCCUACAGAAAUAACAAAGGGCACGGUAUAAAAAAUAUCUCAAUUGUUUCUCAGGGAUUAUCCCUCACAAUGUAGGGCUUUAUCAGAGGGCCUGGACUGCUGUAACAAGACACGCUCGCCCUGGGUUCGCCCAGCCAAAUUCUCAGAGUUAUGCCAGCAACAAAUCACAGGGGGGAAAUAAAUGAAGAGAGCAAAGAAAAGAAACACUGGGAGUGGGGGGGACAAUGGCAAAGGAGAGUAAAGAGCAGAGAGAGGGAGGAAGAGAGAUGACAGGGGAAGAAAAGUGGAGUGAGAGGGAAAGUGGGAGAGAAAACAGAGUAAGAAGGAGGGAGAAAUAGAGAGAGAAAGGCAGAAGUUUAACUGGAGGCCAUGCUUCAAACAGAGAGGUUUGUUUUCUGACAGAGAUCCCUCUCAGGAGAUUGAGCUGGAAAAAAGAUUAAUAGAGCUUGUCCAAGUUGCUCUAUGAUAUUGCGCAACAUGUGUCUCAGCAGCAUAUGAACAAAAGCUGCUGUGCAUCAUACUGUGCAGUGCCUUCCUUGACGUGGCAGUUUGCAAGUUAUAGCCUAAUGUAAAUGAUGCAACCACACCAAGCCUUUCUAUUCAAACACUGAUAGGCCCUCUGUCAGCAGAUCUUUCAUGUUUGGCUCUGUGGAGGAGAGGUGUUUGUGAUUGGGUUGUUUUAUUUGCUUCCUUUUAUAAGAUUUUCUCAGCAGGAUCAGGUUGCUGUGCCCAGGCUAACCACGCUCUGUAAAGGGGAGCUGUGGUUUUGGAAAUGAGACGGAGAGUUAGGGGCUUUGAUAUGUGUGUAGGAGGUAUAGAUGGGGUGGGGGUGUACACAGUAUUGUGUGAAGCCCUUCGUAUAUUCAUAUAUUCCCAUGACACCUCCACUCCUAGCAAAGAAUAUUCUGGUAUAUAAUUGCCAUAAUGUAACCGCAUAGCAUAAUUGAAUGUUUAUGUAUUACAGAACACACUUGGCACAUCGCUAUACUGUGUGUGAGCUGGGUGAAACCCAGAUGAAUGUGAUUACUGCCUACAUAUUUUUCUGUAUGUGUGUUGGUGUUGGUGUGCUUCCUGUGCUGGACAUGUGUAGCUGUCCCUUGUGGUGGUAUCCAGUCUUUGCCAGUGGGGGUUUUGGGCUUCAUACUGAGCCGACUGGACGGACCAAAGUUUGUGUAACAGUCCCAGCACGAUUUUCUGUUCCCUAAACUCACCUCUCUUUUUGGUCCUUGUACUCAGAGUGAGGGAUUAUGCUUAUUACCAUUUACUUGAAAGCACCCCUAGUGACUUGAUGUUUUUCCUAGCUACAGUUCAAUCACACAAGGUUUGGAUUCAGGGUGAAUGCAAUGUAAAGGCCUGUGAUGUUGGUCUCUGCAUUAAUAAUGUAACUGGAGGAAAAAAAAACACUUUAGAGUGUGAACAUGAUACUGUUUUCUUAAAAGGAGUCAUAUCUGGCUUGUAUAUGCUGUUUUGGUCGCGGUUGGCUUUCUAUCGGGUGUAUUUUGAAACUGCUGUGGAGCUACGGAGGAGCACGGAGCAGCCAGCACUAUUGUCUCAGAGCUACUCAGGAUUCUCGGGGUGUUGCUUUGCCUCAGUGUUGACUCCACAACUCACAUGCCCUGAAUGGUGCACCCAGUUUUUGUUUUCAACUUGAGUUCAUAAUAAUGAACCGUAAAAACUUUAUGGGAUUUAAUUUAGUCGUCCUUCUUACCUUUGAAACUCUUUAAAGAGAAUGAAAGAUUUGGAGGGGAGAGACAGGAAGAGAGCUGUUUAUCUCUCAUCACUGCUCUUAUGAACAGAACAAGAAUUGUAAUUAUUUACCCUAAAAGUCCUGUUUGGACUGUUUGGAAUUUAGUCCUUCAUCCAGGCUGCAGAAACAGACGCACAGUGUUUGUGGGAGUGUGGACCGUGGGACAUGCAUGUUCCUAGCCUUGUGUGUGUUUUCAGGCUGUCCUGCGUCAUCACUGCUCUCCUCUGUUUAUGCAGAAGCUCUGAGGAUAACGAGAGGCAUGGUCGGAUAUCCAAGCCUCCCACUGUCACUUGAUAUCUAUGGAAAAUGGAUCAGAUGAUUGGACAAGCCCACUUCCACACAGUGUUUUUUCUUUUUUCAUUGAGGCCUUAGCCAAGGAGUGAUGAAACCUUCAGGAAUGAUGCAAUGUUAAGCUGGUUAGACACACCAAACUCGGCUAAUAAGUAAAUAUACUUGGCUUCUCUGUCACUUGAUCUACUCCCACAUCCAAUGCAAUAAAUUAUAUUUAAGGUGGAAACCUGAAAGUAUGUUUGGGAAGCACAUUUUUACUCAUCUGCGCUGGUGGACUCUUGCCAUCAAAGAGAGACAGGGAAGGGCAAAGGAGAGAGGGGCAGAGAGAUCGAGGAAGGGGAGUAGUCAGAGUUGAAGAGAUAGAGAGGGGCCCGUAUUGAGUGACACAGUGUAUGGUCUGUGUUUUCUCGGUGGACCAGAGAAGAUGCAGUGUAAAUGAAGCGUGCUGCACCAUGGCAGCUUCUGCUUUAUCUUUGCACUGUGCAUGUGUGUGUGUGUGUGUGUGUGUGUGUGUAUAUGUGAAAGAAAAAUGACAGAGUACUGAGAGGCCUUUGUUCUUCCUCUGUUCUCUAAUGGUUAGAAUAAGUUGGGAGGACUGCCAUUCUCUGUCUACGAGCUGUCUCUGAAGAUAACAGGAGGAAAUACGCAACACAAAUGUGAACAUGGAUAAAUACAAAUGCAUCCACCUUGAGUAGUGGAAACAUCCUGUCACAAUACAGAACUCCUAGUGGGCUGAAGGAUGUGUUUUUCUGACACAUCCCUGUGCAUAUCUUUCAGACCACAUGUAUAAUACAUUAUGUGUUUCCCCUUUUUAUUCUCAUUUGAUCUCCAAUGAAAUUAAAACCUUGUGGUGAUCUUAAAAGCCAGGGCUAGCUGUUUAUCUGUGAGUCUCUGACCCAUAGGACAAGGGCCUCCCCUUGUGUUCCACACGCAAAACUACACUCACCAACCACUUCACUAAGAACACCCGUACACUUGCUUAUUCAUGCAAUUAUCCAAUCAGCCAAUCACGAGCCAGCAGUGCAAUGACUAAAAUCAUGCAGAUAUGGGUCAGGAGAUUCAGUUAAUGUUCACAUCAAUCAUCAGAGUGGAGCAAAAAUGUGAUCUCUGUGACUUUGCAGGGCUGGUUUGAGUAUUUCUGAAGCUUCUGAUCUCCUGGGAUUUUCACACACAACAGUCUCUAGAGUUUUUACUCAGAGCGGUGUAAAAAAACAAAAAAAAAAACACCCAGUGAGCAGCAGCUCUGCAGACAGAAACACCAUGUUGAUGCCAGAGGUCAGAGGAGAAUGGCCCGACUGGUCAGGGCUGACAGAAGGGAUAUGGUAACUCAGACCACCACUCUUUACAACUGUGGUGAGCAGAGAAGCAUCUCAAAAACAACAUCGAACCUUGAGGUGGCUGGGCCACCAAAACUGGACAGUUUAAGACUAGAAAAAGAGACUGGUGGUGGUAGCUUGAUGGUGUGGGGAAUGUUUUCUUGGCACAUUUAACACCAGUCCCUUGUCGUUUGAAUGCCACAGCCUAUCUGAGUAUUGUAGAUGACCACAUGUAUCCCUUUAUGGCCAAAAAGGCUUCUAAUGGCUACUUCCAGCAUGAUAACUCGCCAAGCAAAAGUCAUCUCAAACUGGUUUCAUGAACCUGACAAUGAGUUCAUCGAACUUCAGUGGCCUCCUCAGUCACCAUGUCUGAAUCCAGUAGAACACCUCUGGGAUGUGGAGGAACAGGAGAUUUGCUGCAUGAAUGUGCAGCUGUCAAAUCUGCAGAAAUAAUGUGAUUGAAUCAUGUCAACAUAGAGCAGAAUCUAGGCAGCAGUUUCUGACAUGUUGUGGAAUCAAUGCCACAAAGAAUUGAGAGCAAAGGGAGGACCUUCACAUUAUUAGCAUGGUGUUUUUAAUAAAGUGCUCGGUGAGGGUACAUUAGAAAUCCAUUAGAGGUGUUUUUUUCAUAAUAUGAGCAAUAUUUCAUCAGCAAGACCAGUAUACAUACUUAUAUUUACUUAAGAAAUUAAUAUGUCCCUCAUGAUAAUUUGAGUGAAAAUCUGUGAUGAGUGACUGAAGGACAGACUCCGAGCUAGUCAAGUCCUGCGCGUUGUGUUGUUCCUCUGUUUGUUUCUUUUUUGUUUGUUUAUUCAAGAAGGGAGAAAACAAUAUGAUGAUAUUUACAUAUAUAUGACAGAUUUCAUUGGAAGACUGGUAAAUGAACAAACUGGUUGGUAUAGAGACAGAGGGGACUGCAUUGUUUGUCCCUUCUGUUUCAAUAGAAGGUAUGUGUGGAGUUAUGUGACCACAGUAAGAAAAACAAUAAAUGAACAAAAUUGUAAAAUUACACCGCAGGUUACCCAUACUGUAUAAAUUGAUUUCAUAAAAGAUGAAGAAAAACAUCUUUUGAAACUAAUAUAAAUCACAUUAUCGUAGCCCAGUUCAAGAGCAGUAUAAACCUUAAGCCUGCCCCUUCCUGUAUCAGUGCUCUUCCUCAUUCGUUUUGUUUGCCCACACGGAAGACGCUGCCUUCACUCUUACCUUUGACUAUCCUUCGACAAAAUGACUCUUCAAAUCUAUGUUUUGGCUUCUGUGAUAAUAUCAUCGGGUGCCACCACAAUAGACUAUUCUCAAAGAAACACUUCCUGCUUUGACAUCAAAAAUGGCGAUGGUUUUAACUUCGCACAUGACUGCCCUGCUGGAUCUGAGAUAUCUGCAUUCUAUGACAAGAUUCUGAUUGCUAUUGCCAAGCCUGGAAAACAACCUGUAUAUUCGGAUGAGGUGAAAAGCAUCGACAACUAUUCAGUUGUUACAAGAGACUGCAGAGACCUGGAAGUAAAAUGCUUCAUUUCUAUGGGUCGGCUUGUGAAAGAGAACUGGGUGUUUUUUAAAAUUACUGAGGAAAUAAAGGAUCCUGAGCCAGAUUUACCAUGGAGCCUCACUGGUGUGAUAAAGCUUGUCAUUGGGAUCAUUGGAUCAUUGGGAUCAUUGGGAUUAUCGUGCUUGUUUUGUGUUACAUUACUUGGAAAAAGGACAUGAAGGGGCAGCACAGAUCAUCUACACUGACUUGCUUCUGUAGAUACCUACUGACUUCCUGUUGUCUCAGAAAGGGGAAUUCCGAGGCAGAGUUAACAGAGACAGCAGAGACUACCCUGGUUGACAUACCUCCUGCCACUGAUCUACAGGGAAGUGGUGGAAAUGAUCCUGAGCAAGAUGACACUCUAAAAACUGUGCAUGUUCACAGUGUUAAUCCUAAAACUGAUGGCAACAGUCCUUACAACAACGGUCUGGACCACAACUUGAACAAUGAGUCAACUGAAAAUGGCGACAUAAAAGCCCCUGAUGUUGACAGAGCCAUGAACAGGGACUUGAGGGAUGAUCCAGGAGGAAGUGACGUUGUGACGGUCACAGACAUGCACAGUGGAUGUGUGUGUGAUGAUUUUGGUGAUUGUGGUCGUGAAGAUCAUGAGGCAGAAGGAGAGUCGCUGUUGCCGAAUGAGCGAGCUAACAUCCAAGGUCCUGACAUGACAGGUGGAGCCGAAGCUUUUGUGAACAAGUGCGGCUUUGACCCAGACCAGGUCAGCAGGUGCUUUGCUGCACCAAACACUGACGUGGAGUCUACACCCAAGAUGAAGAACGUUAUAUAAAUAAAUACUAAACAAUAAUAGUAAUAAUAAUAGUAAUAAUAAUAAUAUAAUAAUAAUAAUAAUAAUAAUAAUAAUAAUGAUAAUGAUAAUGAUAAUAACCUGUAUUAUAUAACCAACAUUAAGUAUUCUCACUAUCGGUGUAUUGGGUACAUUUACUGGGAACUCCUUUGGGAUCAAGUCAAGCAAUUUUGUUUAAAUGAUAAUUCUUUUCCCACAAUGCUUUUCUCUCUUGAUCAGCAUGUCUUUUUUCACAGUGUUAGAAAAUAUAUUUUUUUUACAAGCCUUAUUAGAUGAACGUUACAUUUUGUAAUCAUUACAUCAGACAAUGAUUACAUUAACUGACAGUUAUCACAAUAUAGCUUCAUCAAUCAAAUGGAAGACACUGGUCUCAUUAAAAUAAUACUAAUAAUAAUGAUGGGAUUUUUUUUUUACUGAGAGUAUUAAAUGCUUGGCUUGACGAAAGGAUGGGUGGACCUGUCAGAAAAUGUAUCCCAUACACAGGUGAGACAACUUAAUUAAUGCACCUAUAUAUCAGAUAUAAUGUAAUGUAUGGCAUAAAUAAAUAUUUAUAAAAUAAACUGAUAUAUCUUAUAUAAAAUAUUCUAUAUUAUUAAAAUGAAAAUGAAUAGCUUUUCUUUAGUUUUUCUGUUCUUUUUGAGUUUAUUACAUGUACUUUUUUUUAUAUUUUCUAAUCAGUUGUAAAUUGUAACUUCCUUUGUUUUUUGCUGACUAAAAUUAUUCUGUAUUAGUCACUUGCUUGCAUUUCACUCCGCAUUUGAUGCUAUAUUUUUUAUCACUUAUGAAAUCAGUAUCAUUUCUUUUGCUUUAUAGUUCAUCGAUUUAUACUGUAUAUGUAACAAUUACAAUAUUGAGCUAUUAAAAAUUAUUCUAUGAAUUAUUGCCAUGAAUUUUGAAGUGAUUUCACUGCCUGGUCAUUUUUACCUUGGUGUCUUAACUAUUGAAGGCAACACAGAACACAGAGCAGGGAGUAUCAGCUUUAUACCACAUGGGGGCAGUGAAUAGUCAUGAGUCCUACAAUACUGAGAUACAUAGGCAAUAACAUCUCUUCUUACUUUUGUUGAGUAAUGCCAAUGCAAUAAACACAUAUUUAUUCCAGACUGCAAUAGCUUCAAAUAGCUGCAAAUGUAUGAAGGCCUAAAAUGUACUUCCUAUUUUUACGUAUUGUAUUUUUUAUGGUCAAACACCGUGGGUGGAGCUAAAUAUUCUUUGGGUUCAAUAAAUGAUUAUAGUGCUGUUGA